AUGAGAAAACAGGUCCAGAACAUGACGGGCGUAUUAUACACAAACACACACAUACACAUCCCAUCCCAUUCCUUCAUCCCAUUUCGGUCUGUUCCUUCUUUGCAUAUCCGACACCCAUCACACAAACACACAGGUGUACACACACACACACACACACACACACACACACACACGCACACUCACUCACACGCAUGCGCUCACAGGCACGACAACCAAAACGCCUACAAGGCCUUAGUUGUGUGCCCACCAUUCGUGCAAGUCGUGCAGACACUGCUUGGCAGACGAAGUUGA